AAAAAAAAUAAAAAUAAUAAUAUUUUUGCAGAAAUACAGAAGCACCAUCUCUGAAAGAAUUGACCUCGGAAUUCUGUUCUCCCCUCUCUCCAGGAUCAUCUCUCUUAGUUAGAUUGGUGAUUAUUACUGUUUUCGAGGUCUCGUGCGAUAAGAAAAAGGCCUUCGGGUCUUCUUUCUUUCGUGGAGAGAGGUUGCUGGUUCGCAUACUUGGGGACCCCACCUCUCUCGUUAUCAUUAUCAUUUAAAUUAUAUUCAAGCCUUUGGUAUUCGAUGUUUUAGUGUUCGUGUCAUCAAAUAAGGGUUUUCUCGAGAUAUUGAGGGGGGAAAGAAAGUGGUUAAAUUGGGCAGGCAUUUUACGAUUAAAUUAGGCUACCAUCACUGUUAUAUAACCAUGGGUGCGGCUUGUUGCUGUUUGAGGGAUGACUGUGAAGAUUUUGCUAAUCCAAACAGCUCGGUUUAUAGGAAUUGCGUAUUCCUUCGUUGCUUUGUUCAGAACUUCUUGCAUGUGUAUGCGUCGAUGUUUCGUAGAGGAGAAGAAUAUGCGUUGCCUUCAUCCACACAAGGAGCAGCAUCUUUAAACGCUAUGGUAUCACUCGAUAACUCACUAGUCGACAUGUUUCGCCCGCCACCUAGGCCUCUUCCUUACGAUGCGGACCCCAGAUAUUUUUCCUCCCACCGCGACGGAUUGGUCUCGAGAAGGGAUAAAUCGUCGAGCCAUUCGCACGAAGAAACAGAGCUACUGAGAGCAACUGAAGGUGCCGCCGAAGAGCAACCGGAAUCUUUUAGCAGCAAAGGUAAAUGGGUCGAGUUCGCACGCGAGGAAGAAUCACAAGAAUGCCAUUCGAAAUCUCCGCUUAAGCUCUCGACAGGGAAAACUAGUACUGGUCCUACUGGAUAUGCUCAUAUUUAUACUUCUUAUGACGAUGAAGAUGUCUGCCCUACGUGUCUUGAAGAAUAUAUUACGGAAAACCCGAAAAUAAUUACAAAAUGUUCUCACCAUUUCCAUCUUGGUUGUAUAUACGAGUGGAUGGAAAGAAGCGAAAACUGCCCAGUUUGUGGCAAGGUGAUGGCAUUCGAUGAAACGACUUGAAGAUAUCUUGUCGUGGACGAUACCAACCAGCAAACACAGACAGAACAACAAAAAACGAAGCCUGUAAAGUGUAAAUCCAUUGUAAAUAACAAGCUUUGCUUAAAAAGUAUUGUCUUUUUAUAUGCUUCAUAUUAUCAAGCAUAAACAUUGAUUGCCUUUUAUUAUAGUCGUCUCCAAGCGUAAAUAUCGUAUA